GGAGAGGAAACCCAUUUGCGAAGCUUCUUUCUUUAUUUAAUUUUAAUGGCUCUGUGCACACUGUUUUCAUGUCAAUCAAGAAAGCGCAAGUGCGCAGUGUUUGUCGUCUCCUUUUUCCUUUAUUUGCCCGGCACAAAAAGCAUGCAAACGCCCCAUCAAGGACGUCUUUGCCUUCCUUUAUUUGUCUAUGUAAUGCGUUGUGUUAUUAUUAUUGUUUGUGUGAAAUCAGAUAAGAAAUGGGUAGAGCACCUUGCUGUGAGAAGAUUGGACUGAACAGAGGUCCCUGGACAAGGGAAGAGGAUCUCCGACUCAUACAAUAUAUCAAAGCCCAUGGAGAAGGCUGUUGGAGGACUCUUCCAAAAGCUGCAGGUCUUUUGAGGUGUGGCAAGAGUUGCAGGCUAAGAUGGAUCAAUUAUCUGCGCCCUGAUCUCAAGCGAGGCAAUAUCACAGAAGAGGAAGACCGCACAAUCAUCAAGCUGCAUGCCCUUCUGGGCAACAGGUGGUCAUUGAUUGCAGGGCAACUUCCUGGUCGAACUGAUAAUGAAAUAAAGAAUUACUGGAACACCCACUUGAAGAAAAAGCUUCGAAACAUUGGUGUAGAUCCUCAGACUCACCAACCCAAAACCAAUGGUAACACUAAUUCCCACAUUUGUGAGAGUUCAAAAUCUUCUGCAGAUAAAUCAGUAAGCCCAUUGAAUCUCCAGAAGAUCGAUAUAGCAGAAGUGGCAGCAGGUAAAAAGCCCAACAUUCAUGAUCAGAGAUCAAGUUUGUUCAAUUUCAAAGACUCUCUGAAAAAACUCUCAAAUGGGUGGAACGGAUUCAAUGCAGACAUUGUAGAUUCUUGCUGUGGCACUAGCUCUGGCACAAAAGACAUUAUAUCUAAAGUAGAGCAGGAUAAUCCUUUUGAAACAUCUGAUUCCAUUAAACAGUCUAAAAGUUACAAUUCCUCAAGUAUAGAUGAUAAUGCUUCUCCUGAAUCACUUACUGUGUGGUCUGAUUUGUGUAUUUCACCAGUAGAAAUCACCGAUUCAUCCACACCUGCCCAACCAGAGAUAGCUGAUAAUGAUAAUAAUACUAUGGAAACUUCACAAAAAACAGUGAGCAGAGUGCCAUCAUAUCUUCAACUCUGUAACAACAGUCCUUCUACUGCACUGUCAAAUAUGAUAGACAAUGAACUGUUCUGGAACUCAGAGAUGAUGAUCAUGCAACAACCUGUGAAAUUAGAACUGGUUGAGCAAGAAGAGCCUUCUUUGGCUCUCAGUGAAUCAGUUUCAUCAGCUCUCUGGGACCUCUAACUUAGUUUAAGAACCCCAAGUAUUGUUUCUCUUGUUUUCAAAUUAGAGUAACUGGGUGUGAUGAACUCUUAAGCUAUAGUUCAUAGUUUUGUCUUUGGGUAAACUAUUAUGUGGUGAUUCUGCCGAAUCCUUAGGUUGGUUUGAGCAUCUAUAAUCCAUGCAUAUGUGUUUUUGAUUGAAGUCAAUCUCGGGUCUUCGAUCGUCUAAGUAAAUUAGGGUUUUGCAAGAGUUCUAGUAUAAAAUUUGUAGGCCGUUCGAGUAUAGAUUUAGCCAGAAAGAAAAUCCAUGAAGAGGAUACACUUUUGAGAGAAUGCAAUGUUUAAUUCCAAUUUGGAAAAAUGUAAAGAGGAUGAUAGAAGACAUAAAUUAUAAUGUUAGUUUGCUUGUAUGACU